CUUUACAACUCAAGUUUUUGUUAGAGUGCAACUACACGAUGGCAGUCAAGGGGAAUAUCUCUUGGGACACCAUAGGCCCAUUUGUGGUGUGGCAGUUCCUAAUUCCCAUGUCGGCGUCCUGGAUCCAGUCGAUUCUAUACAGCAUUUUUAUUCGCGCGGGCGAUCCGAAGCCACAGCCUGGCUCCCCUCGAUUCAUUCGGCACCGGCGACAGCUUCUCAUGGCCAUAUACGCUGCAUACUUUGUGUUUACGAUCUACGAGGCGGACUUUGAGCUGCAGCGAGCAGGCAACGCAUACGCAGACCUCGGGGUCCCGAUCAACGUGGACGAGGGUGGACUACAAUCGCGAUUCAGGAAACUCACCGUACGCUUUCAUCCGGAUAAAGUUGGACCGAAUGUGGAUCGCGAAAAGGCGAAUGAUUUCUUUGUCCACCUGAAACAUGCAAGAGAUACGAUCCUCGACCCGGCAAAGCGUUUCGCGUACGAUAGAUUUGGUCCUACUAUAUUCAAAGGCUGCACCCAUUGCCUCACUAUCGGCGAAUUUACAUCGCAUUCCCUUCUAGUGACUCUCUACACAUACGGCGCGCUUUUGAUAUUCCUUGGUGGUGCGAAUAGUCUGGGAUAUUUCAAGGAUGGCGCGUACUGGAGAUACCUGGCCCUCCUAGGCAUGGCGACAUACGAGAUCCGAACAGCGCUACGUCCAGACCACCCAACGUUUCUCGCAAAAUACCUGAACCCUUUGGUGGUCUCCAUGGGCUGGCGGCCUGCCUAUCUGCCCUUUCAAGCUACUUCAAUUAUUCGCAAGGCUGCGCUGUCUGCGGCACAGUUCCUCGGACUUCUGAUUCCGUUGUAUCGUGACGAUCCUCAGAGACCAACCAAAGUCACCGAGGACUCCGAAGAAGCGCGGCACAAACAAGUCGAUCGACUUGAAGCCUUUGUCCAGGAAUCUGCGCUGGACGCAAAUCGGCUGCUGGAGCUGGAGUCUAUGCCAUAUCGUGAGAAUGAACAGCUCAAGACCGAGUUGCGGCAAGCACUAAAAAGGUACAUGGUGCAGAAUGUUGUUCACAGCCAGAAAAUAGUGCGCAAUGCCAUGGGCGAAAGUCUACAGAGACGCCGAGCGGGUGCGCCCGCUGGCGCGAAGGGUACCACAUGAGUUGGCCAGUGCCUAUUUCAUCUCUUAGUCAGUCUAGAUACCCUUUCAAUACAUGAUUUACAUUUUGC